UGCAUCAGUAGCCCUUACGGAGGACCAGCAGAACUGAGGAAGCUAUGUGUGUGGCAUAAUCUUUGCAGAAGAGGACCUCCUGAGUGGUACAAGUCCUACCCCAUUGCCCAAGGAAAUAAUCAAUCUCCCAUUGAUAUAAUCCCCACUCAAGCCAUUUAUGACCCCUGUCUGAAGCCUCUUAGCAUUUCAUAUGAAUCGUGCUCAUCUGUUGACAUCUGCAACAAUGGGCAUUCGGUCAUGGUAGACUUUAAGGAUGUCGAUGACAAAACAGCUGUCGGUAGAGGUCCACUGGAAGAUCCUUAUAGGCUGAAACAGUUUCAUUUUCAUUGGGGGGCAAGCCAAGACUCUGGAUCAGAGCAUACCAUCAAUGGCAAGUCUUUCCCUUGCGAGCUCCAUUUAGUUCACUGGAAUGCCCGGAAAUAUGUGACCUUUGGAGAGGCACUGGCAGCCCCAGAUGGUUUAGCAGUGAUUGGUGUUUUCUUUGAGAUUGGAGAAGAACAUAUUGGUAUGAACAGGCUGACAGAUGCCUUGUACAUGGUCAAAUUUAAAGGAACCAAAGCCCAGUUCGGGUGCUUUGACCCAAGCAACCUCCUUCCCCCUUGUCUAGAUUACUGGACAUAUCCUGGAUCCUUGACGACCCCACCCCUUAAUGAGAGUGUGACCUGGAUAGUGCUAAAGGAGGCUAUCAGAAUAUCUGAUAAACAGAUGGAAAGGUUCAGAACCCUCCUCUUUACCACUGAGGAAGAGGAAAGGAUCCAGAUGGUGAAUAACUUUCGUCCCCCUCAGCCUCUUAGGGGAAGAGUAGUUCGUGCAUCAUUCAAGGCUUAACAACAAGAAGAAAAGAAGAUGAAGAAGAAAAAGAAGGGUGUGUGUAGGAAAUAUAACAAGUGAACCUCAGAACAUCCAAAGUGCUUCCAUAUCAGCAAACAGAAAAAUGGAUAAUUUAACCUUCAGCUUAGAAACCCAGCUCAAAGGAACUGCAGAACAUUCAAUUUAUUUGACCAAGCAUGGAUUGAAUGAAGAUAGAGUUCAUGCUAAUCCGGGCUUCCUCCCAAGAAUCCUGAGAACUGAGGCUUUCUUCCUUUUUUAAAACAGCAACUCCAGUUAUUUCUGUUUAUCAGGGACAGUCCUUAUUUUGUGGUUAGGUCCCUUGGAGAAAACUCUCCUCUUUUUGUCAUGAUUUUGCCCUGAGAAAAAUGCUGAGGACAUUGUGUAAGCUGCCCUGGGAACAUUCUUUGAAGAAAUCCUUAUAUAAAUAAAUAGGC